ACGAGUGCUGACUACAUCUACAACGAACAAGAUCAUUUAAUGUUUGACGGUUAAAGAGUAGAAAUGGCUGAUGGUAUUUAUGACGAUGUGAUCAGGACUGAGUCUGAGGGAAUGAACACAGACAGAAUGGAGAUGACAGUGGAAAUCUAUGAGAGUGCAGAAUGUGUGAGAGAUCAUGACUUCAGGACAGAGACAAACACACACCAACCACUUCAGCGUACAGGUAAUGAUAAUGUGAAGAUCAGAAGCUCCAGAGCAGCUGCAGUGUGUUUGGUGCUGCUGUGUGUUCUUCUGCUGACUGCAGUCAUAGUGCUGUGUGUCACGUUCACUCUAGAGAGACGACACUUAAUAUCCAAGAAUGAAAACCUGAUCAAUGAGAGAGACCAGCUACUAACUAACAUCACCAACCUCACAGAAGAGAGAGAUCAGUUACUAACCAUGAUCACCAACCUCACAGAAGAGAGAGAUGAGCUGAAAAUAAAGAACGAAUACCUGACAGGAUGGAUUUACUAUCAAUCCAGUCUUUACUUCAUUUCCUCUGAGAAGAAGAACUGGGCUGAGAGCAGAAGAUACUGUACAGAGAGAGGAGCAGAUCUGAUCAUCAUAAACAACAGAGAGGAACACGGAUUUGUCAGUAACAGUUAUGAAGAUUUCUGGAUUGGUCUGACUGACAGUGAUGUGGAGGGCAGAUGGAAAUGGGUUGAUGGCAGCACACUGACCUCUGGGUUCUGGUGGUCUGGAGAGCCUAAUAGUUACAAUGGUGAUGAAGACUGUGCUGUGACUUAUUCAACAGGAUGGUUUGAUUAUCCAUGUUAUGGAACAUUAAGAUGGAUCUGUGAAAAAAUUAUUUUUAAAUGACACAUUUCAAUAAAUAUGUGAGCAUAAUGCAUUAUGAACACAAGCAACUCAUAAUAAUAAUAAAGCAAAAUGUAAUAACUGCACAUAAUGUAAUGAGUGUUACAUUACUAAUAACUUAAAACUUUUUUACUAAAUUUUAAACCAGCUACAAAAUGCCUCAGAUUUAAAUAUUCAUGAAAUUAUUACUCAUUCUACUGUACAUUACUACAUAUACAUAACCCAAAUCAUCUGUAUAACAACCUGUGAAGAACUAAGAUUACGUUUACCUCAGGAAGAUUUGGCCAAUAAUGACUUCAGUUCAUUGGUUAUCUACAAAAAAAGAGAGAGAGAAAGAAAAAGCAUUUCUAUAGAGGAUCAUCACUA